UUCUCUUGCUAUCUCUUUCUCAUGUAGUAGUAGUAAUUAAAAAUCAUCAUCAUGCAAUCUCCUUCCUUCACCUACAAUAAUAUAUCCCCUAGGGAAAGUGCCUGCUAUGAAGCUGAUGAUGUUGAAGAUGAAGAUUCCAUAAUCUUAUCUCUUGGUCCUCCUGGACAACCCCAACGCAUUUCCAAAUACCCUUUAUCAUAUCCUCCCUCAAUCAAUACCCCCAACUAUCCAAACCCUAGCAGCGCUGAAAGUGGUGUAACAGUUGCCCUCCGCAUUGGUCCACCACCAAUUAAAACCAGCUCUAGCAAUUCUAAUGACACUGGUAAUAGUCUUGUUGAAGGACAGUACUGGAUUCCUUCACCCAAGCAGAUCCUCGUUGGUCCCACUCAGUUCUCUUGCACUGUCUGCAACAAAACCUUCAAUAGAUACAACAACAUGCAGAUGCAUAUGUGGGGGCAUGGGUCACAGUAUCGAAAAGGCCCAGAAUCCUUGAGAGGGACGAAACCGGCUUCUUCUAUGCUGAGACUUCCUUGUUACUGCUGUGCUGAGGGUUGCAAGAGCAAUAUAGAGCACCCCAGGUCUAGGCCAUUGAAGGAUUUCAGAACUUUGCAGACGCAUUACAAGCGAAAGCACGGAGCCAAGCCGUUUGGGUGCCGAAAAUGCGGUAAGCCUUUUGCAGUUGGAGGGGAUUGGAAGACUCACGAGAAAAACUGCGGGAAGCUCUGGUUUUGCAUUUGUGGGUCUGAUUUCAAGCACAAAAGGUCCCUCAAAGACCACGUUCGAGCCUUCGGGGAUGGCCACGCCCCACAUACAAUGGGAUUCUGUGAGGUUGAAGAAGAAGAAGAUGAUGAUGAUGAUGAUGAUGAUGAUGAUAAUGAUAAUGUUGAAGACAAUGAUGAUGGGAGUAAUGGUCCUCUUUUCUUCUAAUUGAUUCUAGGAGAUCAGUUUAAGUAGUCAAGUUUUGACAGUGACUAAUUAUUAAGGUUUAAGAAUGCUUUAGCAUGCUUAAUUAGUAAAUGUUCUUAUAUAUCUAUAGAGAAGGAUGAUAAAAACGGAUUAAUAUAGUGAAAGUCAAAGCUUAUGUUUUCUAUGCAUUAAAUAUUCGAAGUCGUGGUUCAAUUAUGUAAUAUUUUUCCAACUAUUUAUCUUUUAAUUUCUCUUUGUUUUUAAGGUUAUACCUUC